AGAAUCCCUUGCAGAGUCUCUAGAGGAAUAAGAACUCAUCAGAGCCAUUGGUUCCCUGAAGUGUAGUCUCAUAAGCGAAGUCUUAAGGGAUCUCAAAACCCUCCGCCCCUUCUCUGUGAGGGGCCGCUGCCAUGAUAUAACCUCCAAGUCUCUAAGUGCACACGCAAGCGAGACCCAGUGACCCCUGACGCCCCCCUUCCGCUCUAGAGGAGCCCUGAUGUGGUGCGCUGCCGCUGAGCUGAGUAUGCCUCAGACUCCCGUGUUGUGAAAGGAGAGUGUGCGCUGGGCAGCACUAGGCGCCAUGCGUCCGUGGACGGGCUCGUGGCGCUGGAUUAUGCUGGUGCUGCUGGCCUGGGGCACGCUGCUUUUCUACAUCGGGGGUCACCUCGUGAGGGACAGCGAGCAUCCGGAACGGUCCAGCAGAGAGCUCUCCAAGAUCCUGGCCAAGCUGGAAAGGCUAAAACAGCAGAAUGAAGAUCUGAGACGCAUGGCAGAGACUCUCAGGUUACCUGACGGACAGGCCGAUGGUGGUGCCAGAGCCGUGGGUAAACUACGCAACCUUGAAGAGCAACUGAUAAGAGCUAAGGAAAAAAUCAACUCUUACCGCAGCCUCCCUGCUGAUGGCCCAGGAAAGGACCAGGAGGAGCUAAGGAGGAAGGUGGAGAACGGCGUGAGGGAACUGUGGUAUUUCGUACGCAGUGAGUUGAAGAAACUAGCACUGGUGGAGACUGGAGCGUUACAGAAACAUGUGGACACACUCCUGCAGGACCUUGGACACCAGCAGAGGUCCAUCAUGACAGACUUGUAUCAUCUGAGCCAGGCGGACGGUGCUGGAGACUGGAGAGAGAAGGAAGCUAAAGAACUGUCCGACCUAGUACAGAACAGAAUCACAUACUUACAGAACCCUCAGGACUGCAGCAAGGCUCGCAAGCUGGUGUGUAACAUCAAUAAGGGUUGUGGUUACGGCUGCCAGCUGCAUCAUGUGGUCUACUGCUUCAUGAUUGCCUAUGGCACACAGCGCACCAUCAUACUGGAGUCGCAGAACUGGCGCUACGCCACCGGUGGAUGGGAGACUGUCUUUAAACCCGUUAGCGAGACUUGCACUGACCGCACGGGGGCCUCCACUGGACACUGGUCUGGUGAAGCAAACGAUCGGGAUGUUCAAGUCAUUGAGUUGCCCAUCGUGGACAGCCUGCACCCUCGUCCCCCGUACUUGCCCCUGGCUAUCCCUGAAGACCUUGCAGACCUAUAUGCACACAACCAGGCUGACCCAGGUAUUGCGUACCUGAUCCGCCCUCAGGCUUGGCUGUUGAAGGAAAUGCAAGAGGCCACCAGCAAGCUGGGCUUCAAGCACCCCAUUAUAGGGCCAUUAAAACCACUCAGAUGCUACAAAGUUCACUGUAAGGCGGCAUUCCACCCCAUAGAAGAGUACAUGGUGCAUGUUGAGGACCACUACAAGAGUCUGGCCCAGCGCAUGCAUGUGGACAAGAAACGGGUUUACCUCGCCACGGAUGACCCCUCUCUACUGCAGGAGGCCAAGUCUAAGUACCCUGAUUAUGAAUUUAUAAGUGAUAAUUCUAUUUCAUGGUCGGCUGGGCUACACAACCGCUACACUGAAAACUCUCUGAGAGGAGUCAUCCUGGAUAUCCACUUCCUCUCCAGGACCAACUUCUUAGUGUGCACCUUCUCUUCACAGGUGUGUCGAGUGGCCUACGAGAUCAUGCAGACUCUCCACCCAGACGCGUCCUCCUUCUUCUACUCCCUCGAUGACAUCUACUACUUCGGUGGGCAGAACGCCCACAACCAGAUCGCUAUCUACCCUCACCAACCACGCAACAGCGACGACAUCCCACUUGAGCCUGGAGAUUUGAUUGGAGUUGCGGGCAACCAUUGGGAUGGAAACUCCAAGGGAAUCAACCGCAAAACAGGCCGUACCGGCCUCUACCCCUCUUAUAAAGUCAAAGAGAAGAUUGAGACAGUGAAGUAUCCCACAUACCCAGAAGCGGACAAACUUCUUAAGAAGCCGUAGAUUGAAACAAAGACAGUGCAAAUACUCUUGUUAAUUAAAUGAGGAAACCCUGGACCACCCGGAUGGGAAUGCACUUUGUGUGUGUUGUGAGUGUGUAUGAAUGUGUUCGGUUACGUGUGUCUGUGUGUGGGUGUUGACUAGGGGUUCUUCACAGGGUUUUGGGACACAUUCCUAACUCUGGUGCUUGGACUUUGAGUCUCCCUGAAAUGGCAAUCAGGGUUGUGGAAGACAAAAAACAAAGAGGAUGAACUCAAGGCAACAGAAACUGAAGGCACUGUACUGUAGGUACUUUCUAAUUAAUCUCCGGGUAAUGAAGGGAACUGAAUAUGUUAAUUUAAGAACACAGCUGGAAGAAGUGACUUUGCGACUCCAAACAGAUCAUAACAAAGGAAUCAUAAACCCGGUUUACUCUCGUCCUCCUAUGCUCUUAUACCUCCUUGUGCACAAUGAUGACAUCCUUUACUCUUAGCCUCACUCAACUCGUUUCUCUCAUGCCAUCGCUACGCCAACUGACACUCCUCUUCACACCCAUGAGCUAUUAAUUUCCACUGCCAUACUGUGCUUUUAAAUGUGACUUAUGCUGUUUUUAUUUUCAUAGUAAGGCUUAUCAUGUGUGUGUGUGUGUGUGUGUGUGUGUGUGUGUGUUUGUGUGUUUGUGUGUGUGUGUGAAGUGUGCGGAUUGGAAAAUGGUGCCUAUCAGGGCGAUUGACUCACUUUUUCGGAAAGAGUUUUGACUCUGGAGCCUUACGGACCAGCCUUUCCACGCAGAUUUACACUCUUCCCCUCCUUUCCACUUAGUGUCUUAUCCACAGCCAUGUGUCCAUUAUGUUUUUUUAAGAGAUCAUUUCAUGUUAUUGCAUUUUAAAAUAUAAAACAGAUAAGAAAAUGUCACUUAAUAUGAAGAUAAUGAUACUAAUAUUAUUAUUGAUGAUGAUGAUAAGAGAAAGAAUAAUUAUGGUAACAAUGACACUUGCUGUCAUUAUACAUUUUAGUUAAUCAUGAAGGAGUUGUUUAUUAUUUUAUGUUUGUGGGCAUUGUCUCUUUGGUAAGCAGAUCAAAUAAACUUGAUCAGCCAAA